AUGCUCACCGUAGACCCCACCUGUACAAAUGCCAUUGAUGAUAUUGAAGAGCUAGGGAUUGUUUCUUCGGAGUUACCAGCACAAUCACGGGCGUCCUACCGUACUGUUCCAGUCAAAACAUUCCGAAAGCGAUUCUCAGGUCAAGAAGGUGAAGCCGAAAAUCACACCAAACGCAGUCCAGACCAUUUCCUACCUGGGCGGGCUACGGUGUUUGUAAAGACGUGGGGAUGUGGGCACAACAACUCGGACGGUGAAUAUAUGGCAGGAUUGUUGGCGGCGGACGGUUAUGAAGUGGUAUUGGAAGACUCCAAGCGUGAUUCGGCUGACGUUUGGCUGCUGAACUCCUGCACCGUGAAAGGUCCCUCCGAGCAAACUUUCGUAAACGAGAUCCGGAAAGGGAAAGACCAGGGGAAAAAGGUGGUGGUAGCAGGUUGCGUUCCUCAAGCUAGUCCCAAGGGUACCGAGUGGCAGGGAUUAAGCGUGAUUGGAGUUCAGCAAAUUGACUCUGUGGUCGACGUGGUUGAGGAAACGCUUAAAGGGAACACUGUUAAAUUACUGAAGGAAGCGAAAGAGACAAGCGAAACUGGAAAAAAGAGAAAAACGGGGGGUGCAAAGUUAGAUCUGCCGAAAGUUAGGCGCAAUCCCUACAUUGAGAUUAUUCCAAUUAACACGGGGUGUCUGAAUCAAUGCACGUACUGCAAAACGAAGCAUGCACGAGGGGAUCUCGGAAGUUACCAUCCUUCAGAAAUUAUUUCGCGCGUGCAAUCCGUUCUUGAUGAAGGCGUCAUGGAGAUCUGGUUGACUUCUGAGGAUACAGGGGCGUAUGGUCGGGAUAUUGGUGUCUCCAUUGUGGAUCUACUGUGGGGCAUUGUGAAAGUCAUGGAAGCACACGAUAACAAGGAUGCUAUGCUUCGCGUCGGGAUGACAAAUCCACCUUACAUUUUGGAACAUCUGGAAGAAAUCGCCCAGGUGCUGGUUCAUCCCAGGGUGUACUCCUUUUUACAUGUUCCUGUUCAAGCGGCGAGUGAUAAAGUCCUGGAAGACAUGAGGAGAAUGUACACGAAAGCAGAUUUUAAAAAGGUUGUGGACACUUUGAGAAAUCGAGUACAAGAUAUAACCAUUGCCACUGAUGUCAUUUGUGGGUUCCCGACGGAAACUCCGGAGGAUUUUGAAGAGACUUUGGAAUUGGUGAGAGAGUACAAAUUCCCCGUGGUACAUAUAUCACAGUUCUACCCUCGACCCGGUACUCCGGCCGCCCGUCUUCCUCGUCUCGCUACCGAAGAAGUCAAACGUCGCAGCCGCGAACUCACCCGGCUCUUCGAAUCUUAUACCACGUACUCACAUCUUAUGGACACGAUACAACGUGUCCUCAUCACCGAACGAAGCGGGGAUGGAAAGCAUUAUGUUGGGCACACCAAAUCGUAUCAACAGGUGCUGGUUCCCUUGCAAGAGGGCUUGAUGGGACGGGUAGUAUCAGUGCACGUGACACAAGUUGGAAAGUGGUUUUUGAGUGGCGAAGUUAUUGACGGGAAUGACCCACUCGGCGCCGGUGAGAGGAAAGGGACCCCCAAGUUGGUGAGAAAGGGAAGAGAAAUGGUCAGGAUGGGUGGCGAGGAUCAGGAUGGCAAUGAUGGGACAGAGCUAAGUCUGGGUAGUGGAGAGGGUCUUAAGAAACGGGCAGGGGGAAAGUCUGAUCCCCCCCGUACGCCUGAGACAAAGGCUGUUCAAGAGGUCGAACGCCGGAAACCGAGCCCACCGAUCUUCAUAGUAAUUGCGUAUCUUCUGGUCAUGUAUGUCGUAGUUUAUGUACUGAUGGGUUAUGAGGGAAUGCGGUGGGGUUUUCGAGUAGCACUAUGUUUCGUGAUUGCAUCGAUUGGGUGGGAUUUUGCCCAAAAGGUUACCGCAUCACAGUAG